GGGUGAAUUAUGCCAAACAAAGGGUCACCACAGACUUAUUUUUAAAGAAACAAAGGAGGGUACACUGUUGUGUCCUGUCUCUUCAAUGCCAAGCUUGGCUGCACGUCGGCCGUGGAUGAUAACGACAGGAGAUUUUACCAGCACCAAUGACCAUCUGAACCACUGGAGUGUUGCUCACAGGGAACGCAGUCUUCCACUCCAGGCAUUCGUAUAUCUUCAACGCCUCAACCCGUUCUAAUGGAAAAGAGGCAUAUAUCACACAGAUGGCUGCAGUGUGGCGUUCCGUGAGUGAGGCUUUAUGGGCAAUGUGUGCCGCCGAUGCCAUGUCCAUGCCUGUCCAUUGGUACUACAACAUACAUGACAUCAAGAAAGACUUUGGAGGCUGGAUAUCUGGCUUCAAUUCGCCCAAAAUCAAACACCCCAGCAGCAUCCUCAACCUAUCCAACACUGCUGGUAGCGGUCGCACUUCCUGGUCAUCUGCUUCCAAACGAGUAGAGGUGGUGGGAAACAUCAUCCUUCAUGACAAACUGAGCUUUUGGAAAUCUUCCAGUGGUUCUAUUCACUAUCACCAAGGUCUAAAGGCAGGAAACAACACGCUGAAUGUCCUGUGUGCCCUCCGAGCAGCUCGCACGUUGGCAAGCAGCGGCUUUACAGACAUCUCACAUCCUGACGCUCGAGCCGCCGUUCUUGUGGACUACGUUAACUUCUUGACCACACCUGGCACGCACGCAGAUACCUACGCCGAGUCGUCUCAUCGAUCAUUCUUUGCUGACUGGCAGGAUAGCAGGCCGAAAUUGAGCCAGGAGGUUCUAAUAUUUGCAGAAGAGCGCGCAAAGAAAAAACUAAUGUCACUCCCGGACAGCCAGUUGGAUGCCAUCGGGUGCCUUACCGCGGUCCUUCCCUUCAUUUUGCAAUCUGCUUCAACCAAUGAGGAGCAAGCUGUCUGUGCAGCAGUUGAGUUUGGGAAGCUCUUACACCCCCACCCCAGUGUGCCAGAGUACGUAUCCAUCUACAGCAGAGCACUUCAUGCGGUGCUGCAGGGCGCUAGCGUCCGUCAGCAAGCAGAGAUCGCCCUCAGGACGCUGGGUGUAUGGGAUACCUGCGAGAAGUUCAGUCAGCGAGCUGCGAGGUUUCCAAUGCUAUCUGAAGAACGACUGCAGGUCCAUCAGAUUGCUGUCAGUAGCCUGGGUCUGGCAUGCUACACAAAAGGAGCUCUUUCCAGCAUGUUUUACCUUGCUCACCAGUUUCAUGAUGACCCCACAGCAGGAAUCCUUGCCAAUACCAACUGUGGAGGGGAGAACUGUAACCGUGGUGCUGCACUGGGGGCUCUACUUGGGGCUGGAGGAUCGUACACCAAGUCCACCAUUCCACAGGACUGGAAGGACCAGCUGAGGGAUGCUCAGGACUAUAUUCCUGACAUUAUCAAGUAUUUGCAGCACUAAGAACCAGCAGUACAGCUAAUCCCAAAAAACCACUACAGCAGUUCAACCAAUAACAUUUUGUCUUAAUGACUUUUAUUGAGAUUAUUUCAUUUCUAUGUCAGUGCUGGAAAAAAAUUUCUAUGAAGAGUGAAUAAAAGUGCUGUUAAAUGACG